AUGUCAAACUCAACUACGCAACCGCAAGAGGAAGUCUCAGAUCUGGCGGAACACAUCAAGCAGCUCGACAUCGAAAUCUCCUUCGCCGCACGACGGUCAUUGUCUGUCCCAGCCGGAAGCCGCCACCUCAGUCUCUCACCAUACAGGCGAGUGAUGAGCUUCUUAGACGAGUGGGAGGAGCAAACCAAGAACUCGAGUCCGGUACGCAGCGUCUACCCAGAGAACAGCGAGGGCGAAUACGACGCUAUGGGAGAUAGUGAGAGCAGCGACUUCAAGCUGCCGCCGUCGAUCGUUCAGGAGGAGGAGGAGAAGCUGGAACAUGAACGGUGCAGGGUUCUUGGCAUACUGAAGUGCUUCCUGUUCAAUCUUGAUAAGGGAACACUGCCGACGGGUGAUGUGGUUGAUGAAAGCUUGAAGGAGGCACUGGGGAGGUUGGUGGCUCUAUCUGAAGCCCGUGAUGCGCUUCCUGAGCAGGGGCCUGACUCUGAGGAGGUGGAGGGAGGUGGAGAGGACGAGGGCAGUGAGGAGCACUCGAACUCCAGUUCUGAUGAGCAGAUGCAGGUUGUGGAAAUGGUGGAGGGAUACAUCCGUCUCGCAUUGAGGCAUCGUGGCGAGGUGUGUAGUGAGGUGGUCGACUUCGCCAAGAAGAUACUGGGCUGGGCUCCUAGUGGUGAUGCCAAUGAUGUGGCAGAAUCGACUGAGGAUAGCAAAUACGGCGAGUCAUUGGUUAGGUUUUAG